UGAAGCGAGCAUUCUUUUGGGUUGGAGAGUGACACGUUUUCAUUGGGUUGUGGGUUACUUUUCUCCAAAAGUGCAGUUGUUAUUAGCUGUAAAGAAGCAGAUAAUGGAAAGUUCUAAACGGACAACCAUGAAUCAACAUAGCUCUUCUAAAAGCAAUGGGUCAGUUGGACGACCUUAUAGUUCCAAGAUAAAGAAAAGCCACCUGAGAAACAAAUAUCUCACGUUCUUGCUCAAAGCAAGUCAAUUCGACAAAACAGACGGUUGGAACUUGCUAUUGUUGACUUUUUUGGCUUUAGCUACCAGAUUCUGGCGUUUAUUUUACCCUGCUGCAGUUGUCUUUGAUGAAUUUCACUUUGGCAAAUUUGUCACUUGGUACUUUAAGCAUCAAUAUUAUUUCGACAUUCAUCCUCCUUUGGGAAAAUUGAUUCUGUAUCUUGGUGGUUUAUUGGGUGGAUACAAUCCUGGUUUUCUUUAUGAUGCUAUUGGUGCAGAAUAUGGUGAUACCAAGUUCCAAGUUUUACGUUCAGUAUCGGCAUUGUUUGGUGUCUUGAGCGUUCCACUCAUGUAUUGCACCUGUAGAGAAUUGAACAUUUCUCCAGUUGGUUCUUUUGCCGGUGCAAGUAUGGUUUUACUUGAUUUCCUCUCUUUGAUUGAGUCUCGUCUUAUUCUAGUGGAUUCUCAGCUUUUAUUCUUCUGCAUGGCUUCCUUCUAUAGUGCCUUGAAAUUGUGGAAAUACAAAAGAGAAAACCGCAAAAAGUCAUUCCUUUUCUUUUUGGUUUUAACUGGAAUACUUUGUGGUUGUGCAAUUUCGGUGAAAUGGACUGCACUUGCAACUCCAGGAAUCAUUGCUAUUGUGUCUUUCUUUGGACUUCACUUUCUAAAUGAACCUCUUGAAAUCUGGGAAUGUCUCAUUGCUGGUCUUAGUGGCAUUAUAGUGUAUCUAUUUGUUUUUUAUGUUCAUUUUCAGUUGCUACCCUUUUCGGGAUCUGGAGAUGCUUUCAUGACACCGGAAUUUCAAAAGACUCUUAUUGGCAAUCCGUUUUAUCAUCCUGCUGCAACGCGACAACCUUUCUUGACAAGUUUUUUUCAAUUGAAUCGGGAAAUGUUUCGUGCCAAUAAGGGUAUCAAGGAUCGCCAUCCAUGGGAAUCUAAAUGGUAUGAAUGGCCACUUAAUCUCCGUGGACUAUUGUACUUUGUCCAAGAAGAUGAUGAAGAUGACUCUCGAAUGUCACAAAUAUAUCUAAUUGGAAAUCCUGCUGUGAUGUACCUUUGUCUAUUAAGUGCAUUGAUAUUCUUAUUAUGUGCUAUAUUCUUUGGCAGAUAUCGUUAUGCCAUAUCAUCAAAAGCAGAUUUACGAAGUUUGAUGGAAAAAGGUGGCAUAUUAUGUGCAGCAUAUGCAUUGAAUUUACUUCCUUACAUUGCGGUGGAGCGAAGUGCCUUUUUAUAUCAUUAUAUUCCAGGUCUAUUUUAUGCAGAGUUACUUACUGCUUUGGUAAUCGAUAGAUUUCCCAAGUCUUACAAACUUGUUUUCAUUAUUGUUAUAUUCAUAUUGGAAGUGGCAGCUUUCGUUUAUUGGGCUCCAUGGGUUUAUGCCAUUUCAUUAACAAAAAUAGCACAUGAUAAAAGGCGUUGGUUACCUCGUUGGAAUUAGGAAAAUAUAUUUGUGCAUCAUUGU